AUCUGCAGCGAUUACAAAAGGAGGAGAGGCUGGUCUGGGGUCAGUCGCUCUGAGCAGGUUUAGCUGCUGGAGUUAUUUUAAAACUCUCUCCUCCUCUCAGUGUUUGUUCUUCAUCCGAGCAGCACCGACCGACCGAACGCCUCUCAGAGGACUCUCUCUGGAGUCCCUCAGGCGUCCAUCAUGGACACGUUUUUCCGUCGUCACUUUAAGAGGAAGGAAUCUUCUCUGCAGUUGGAUGCUGAAGCCAAGUCUUGCCGCCAGCGAAGGCCCAGCGUGGCCGUUCCCACCAGUAAAGCCCGCCGGAGGUCCAGUGCCGGGUUACCAUCCUCCACUCUGACCCAGCGGCGGCGCUCCAGCGUCCAGCUGCCGGCCGGACCUCCGAGUGCAGGAGGAGGCCGUCUGGCCAAGACCUCGAGUCACUGCAGGUGGGUGGGACACGGCCGGAGACGCUCCAGCACCACCACCCCCAGCCUCAACCCGAGGUUCGCUGUCCGGAGGAGGAAGGUGGGGAAGCUGCGCACCAUCGACACCCACCUGCUGGGUCCGUCCAUGCUGCUGGCCAGCCUCAUCCAGAUGGCCGAGGAGGAGGAGGACGAGGAGGGGGCGGGGCUACCGGCGGCCGAGCAGCAGGUGGAGGUGAGGGGCGGAGCCAACAACAUUCGGAUGUUUUCCCGCUCCAGCAGCCUCCACUCAGACGGAGACGACAGCAGUGAUUACUCCGACGGCAGCCAAUCAGACAGCAGCGAGCCGUCGGAGGCGGAGCAUCUGGCCGAGGAGGACUCCGCCUCCUGGUCUCCUGAGGCCCGCUGCUCUCCGGCCUCCACCCCGUCCUGCUCCUCCGUCCUGGAGGUGAAGAGGCCCCAGCUGCCCUCGCGGCCCCUGAUCCGGGCCCCUCGCUGCCUGAGGAGGAACUCCUCUCAGCUCCACGCCGGAGACUCGGCUGCCUACAGCUGCUACCGAGUCUCCAGCCAGAGGAAGAGGAGGAGGAUCUCCACCAUCUCCAAGGCCGGCAGCCCCUGGCCGGGCCGAGGCCUCCCGCUGCCCAGCCGCAGGACCUCCGUCUACUACCUCAACCACCCGGGCUUCUGCAGGGGCCCCGGGGCCCUGAGCCCGCUGGGGGCCCACAGCUACGACUCCAGACUGGAGAGCUGGAGCGCCUUCCUGCUGAAAGCCAUUGCUAAGUCGGGCCUUCAGCACGCCGGGACUCAACCCAACGUGUCUCAGAGCGACUCGCUGCAGGAGCCGAGCAGCAGCAUCGACUGGACGGAUAAUGCUCAGUUUGGAGACCACAUCUGGUUUGAGACCAGCGGCUCUGGAGAUUUCUGCUACGUUGGAGAGCAAUACUGCAUCGCCAAGUCUCUGCAAAAGUCCGUCGCAAGGAAGAAAUGUGCUGGAUGCAAGAUAUCGGUGCACACCAUGUGCAUGGAGCAGCUAGAGAAGAUUAAUUUCAGGUGCAAACCGUCGUUCAGGGAACCAGGAUCUCGAGCCAUUCGAGAGCCCAACGUUGUUCGACACCACUGGGUCCACAGAAGGCGGCAGACUGGGAAGUGUCGACAGUGUGGGAAGGGCUUCCAGCAGAAGUUUUCAUUUCACAGCAAAGAGAUCGUCGCCAUCAGCUGCUCGUGGUGCAAACAGGCGUACCACAACAAGGUGACGUGCUUCAUGCUGCAGCAGAUCGAGGAGUGCUGCUCUCUGGGAGCUCACGCUGCCGUCAUCAUCCCUCCCACCUGGAUCAUCAGGGUCCGACGGCCGCAGACAUCUCUGAAGUCCAGUAAAAAGAAGAAAAGGACAUCGCUGAAGUGCAACAAGUCGAGCAAGAAGGGAGCAGAGGUUCAGGAUGGCCGCUGGAAGCCCUUCCUGGUGAAGCCGGUUCCCUCUCAGCUCAUGAAGCCUCUGCUGGUGUUUGUGAACCCAAAGAGUGGCGGCAACCAGGGAGCAAAGCUCAUCCAGUCCUUCAUGUGGUACCUGAACCCUCGGCAGGUGUUUGACCUGACGAAGGGAGGUCCAAAAGAGGGGUUGGAGUUAUAUGCCAAAGUGCCCAACCUGAGGAUCCUGGCCUGUGGAGGAGACGGGACGGUGGGCUGGAUCCUGUCGGUUCUGGACCAGCUGAAGCUCCGUCCUCAGCCUCCUGUCGGCAUCCUCCCUCUGGGGACUGGGAACGACCUGGCCAGGACCCUUAACUGGGGAGGGGGCUACACUGAUGAACCCAUCACAAAGAUCCUCUCACAUGUGGAGGAUGGAAACAUCGUCCAGCUGGACCGGUGGAACCUGAACGUGGAGGCGAAUCCAGAGGCCCGAACCGAGGAGAGGGAUGAGCAUCAGACAGACAAGCUUCCCAUCGACGUCUUCAACAACUACUUCAGUCUGGGCUUCGACGCUCACGUCACACUGGGCUUCCAUGAAUCCAGAGAGGCGAACCCAGAGAAGUUCAACAGUCGCUUCAGGAAUAAGAUGUUCUAUGCAGGGACAGCCUUCUCAGACUUCCUAUCAGGGAGCUCCAAAGACCUCGCCAAGCACAUCAAAGUGGUGUGUGAUGGUACAGACCUGACGGCCAAAGUUCAGGAUCUGAAGCUGCAGUGUUUGCUCUUCCUCAAUAUCCCCAGGUACUGUGCCGGCACCGUGCCGUGGGGUCACCCCAGCGAGCAUCAGGACUUUGAACCUCAACGCCACGAUGACGGCUGCAUCGAAGUCAUCGGCUUCACCAUGACUUCUCUGGCCACGCUGCAGGUGGGCGGCCACGGCGAGCGUCUCCACCAGUGUAAAGAAGUGACCCUCACCACCUUCAAGUCCAUCCCCAUGCAGGUGGAUGGCGAGCCCUGCAAGCUGGCUCCAUCCAUCAUCCACAUCAACCUGAGGAACCAGGCCAACAUGGUGCAGAAGGCCAAGAGAAGGAUCUCCAUGCCCCAUCUCAACGAUCAGCAGCCAGUUCCUGAGAAGCUGCAGAUCAGAGUAAACAGGAUCAGCAUGGCGGCGUAUGAGGCUCUGCAUUAUGACAAGGACCAGCUGAAGGAGGCCUCAAUGGCGCUGGGAGUCAUCACCGUCCCUGGAGACAGCGAUCUGGAGACCUGCCGCCUCCUCAUAGACCGUCUACAGGACAACCUGGACCAGGACUGUGACGAGAUGAAAGGAGAGUGUCUGUCUUCACAAAAACUUUCCAUGAAGUGGUGUUUCCUCGACUGUACGACUGCAGAUCGUUUCUACAGGAUCGACCGAGCUCAGGAACAUCUGAACUACGUGACGGAGAUCUCUCAGGAGGAACUCUACAUCCUGGACCCGGAGCUGGUCGCCAAGGAGACGGUGGGCACCUCGCCAGGUAUGCCGGACCUGGUGGAUUCAGAGGAGCAUCAGGACCAGCAGAGGCAGUUCGCCUUCCCCUGUUCACCAACAUCCCCGACCUCCUCAGCUACUCCCAGGGCCAGAGAUUUUCAGAGGAAGAGGAUUUCCAGUGACAGUUCGGUGGCCGACGCUUUGUCCCAGAGCUCCUCGAAGACGACCCUCUGCAGGAGAGGAGCAAAGAUUAUCAAUGUCCAUCGCUCCAACACCACGCUGGCUGAUUUCAGACCCAUCAUUCGAUCUUCCACUGCUACCUCACAAGACCCUGGAAAAGAUACAGAACUGAUCAGCUGCGUCAAGAAUCAGGACCUGGACAGACUGACGGAGCUCCACCAGCAGGGGGCAGAUAUCCUGCUGCAGGAUGCUGACGGCUGCACGCUGCUGCAUCACGCUGUGGAGGUCGGCUGCAAGGACAUCGUCAAGUACCUCAUUGAAAACGUGCCCACGUCUCACCUGGACGUAACAGAGAAAGAGACAGGUGAGACGGCGCUGCAUAAAGCUGCCACCAGCUGUCAGAGGAGCAUCUGUCACUUCCUGGUGGAGGGCGGAGCGUCGCUCAUGAAGACGGACCUGCAGGGCGAAACUCCCAAACAGCGAGCCGAGAAGGCCGAGGACGGCGAGCUGUCCGAGUAUCUGGACAACUGUCAACAUUACCAGAUGAUCCAGAGGGAGGACCAGGAGACGGCGGUCUGACCUCCACCAGGAACACCGUCUCCGUCCGUCCCUCUGUCUUUAGGUUUCCAUUUAACACCUUCAGCAUAAACAUCUGAGGAGACGCAUCAGAAAACCAUCAUUUUUUUACCUCCAUAGCGCUUCUUCUUUGGAUUAUUGUGCAUUUUUUUCUUUUUUUUCUGUGUUCAAACUGCUUUUUUGGAGAAAGUCGGGGGUUUGUGGGCUCCUGAAAAAGCCUCUGUAACUACGCUUCUUCUGGACACUAAAACGAAGUCAAACUAGUUUUUAUUUCGGGGCCACAGAGACUCUGGGAUGUACAAAGUGUGCUCUGCCUCCACGUUAGCCUGGCUGUGUGUGGAACGACAAAGAAAGAGAAACAGCUGCCGCCCGGCGAACACUGACGCCAUUCACACGUCCACAGCUGAACGCUUUCGCCAUAUCAGACCAUAAAACCAAAAAAAUAACAAAAACCGUGUCUUCUCUCAGCUUCUAGUGACCUUUUGGAUGUAUUUGUUUACUCGACAGAAAUAAGUGUUUGGAUAUUUAACUUUAGCGCGGCUGGAUCUAGCUAUUUAUGACUGACUCUUAGAGAUAAAACACACUCUGCUUGUGAUCGAACACGGAAUUUUAGAUAUUUUUAGUAAUUUUUCUGUCUGUUACAUGGCUGUAAAGCAAAGCGGCUGCCAGCAGGAAGCUUCUCGUCGUGGUUUUCGUGUAUCUACUGUGUAAAUAAUAAAAGCUCCCAUAGACUCCUCAGUGUUGGAAACUUUAAACAGAAGCUGAAAUCAGAUUCUGCCAAAGUCUGUACGGUGAAUAAUUAGCUAACAUAGCGUCUGAGAGAGAUUAUAUCAACUUAUAACUGUUUGGUUUCAUCAUUUCUGAGUGACCUGCAAUAAAGCAUGUCAGCACCA